AAAUAUUUCCAAUAUUAUUAUUCAUUUUUAAUACCGUAAUCAAACUUCCAACCUCAUAUAGAGGCCGCCAUUUACAGUCACUCUCGUAAAAGCGUCAAUAAAUAUUAAAUAGUAAAAGUGUUAUCAUCAAGUAUUGUAACUUUCAAAACUGCGUGUAAAUUCUAUUGUUAUUAUUUAUUGUUUUUUUAAAUAAUUGUUGCUGUUUGAUUGGUUUAUUUGGUUAAGGCAACGCGACAUGUGGACCAUCUGUCGAGAGGAUAUGCUUCACCUAAAUAGAGGUUUUAUGGGGAACUGACCCCUAUUUAGGUGUUACUAAUGUGAGAAAACCCGAAAAACUCGCGAACCCACGACCAACAACUAGUGUUCAGUGGUUUUAUACUUCAAACAAGGGCCACUGGUGAGCCCUUGUUUGAAGUUCUUCGAUUUAGGGCCAUUUGUUCAGCUUUUUCAAUCAUACCCAUGCGGAUUCGGCCAGGCCACAAUUAGGCAGCUGGGUGGUGAGGGACAUCUCCAAGAUAAACCACUCAUGAAGAAGUUUUGAGAUUCCAGAGCUGGAAUUCGAACCCGGAUCUCCUCAGAUGGUAGCGUGACCAUCUUUACCGCAUCGUAGAUAGAAUUACGUGAGUGAUAGAGAACGUCAAAGAACUCGUUUCAUAUCAUUGUUAUAAAAGAAAAUUUAAAGGUUUUUGUCAAUGCAAUUUAAUAUUAUGGGAUGAUAGCGUCUCAAGAAAAUGAGAGAAUUCGCUUCCAGGUUUGAGGGACGUAUUUCCUCAUUGCUUUCGGGAAAGAAAGAGAUCAUUGGAGAUCGCGAGCCUUAUUCCUGUAACAACGAGAUUGAGAUUGGAAAAGGUCGAGAAACUUUGACUGCGUUAAUUUAUAUUUAUACUGAAAAUAUAUUAAUUAAAAUUGACUUUUAAAACAUUAAAAAAUACAUUAAUUUAUGUGUUUUUCUGCAUAUUUUUUUUUCCUUUAAUCUAAUUAUUAUGGCGUAAGAAUUAUUUUUGAAAAUCGAAUAAGGUCAUUGGCAUUUAACUACUAUUUCAAUUCGUUAAAUAUCACUUCUAUUUUAAGGGAAAAUUCAAAUAUUUUACAUAUGCGUCAUUUAAAAUUUGUUUUGAACAAUAUUCUUUUCAUAAUUUGGUAUUUAAUGCGUGUUUUCGAUAUUCUAAGUCAUUUCUAGGGCGUGAAAGAAGUUAGAGGAUGCCCCAAUAGAGAGUUAUCCUAUGGGAAAUUGCCUGGGGUUCCCACCAACUAGGGCCCCAAACCAAUCUUUUAUAAACUUAUUACUGUAGUAAGAAUAUCGAAAUUUAAAUAUGGCUCAAUAUCGGGGGCCCUAGACUACCGGUAAAAAAAACAAACAAGGAUACAGGGGAAUUCCUUCAAAAAUUCUCUCAAAGAAAAAUGUCUGAAUCGACAUUGUACACGGGACCUCAUAAUUCAAAUUUGCCCGGGCCUCACGAAUCUAUAACGUGCCAUCGGUGUACCCCAUCUCUCCUCAAACCCUAAUAACUGGGCCAACUAUACUCCGAAAACUAGAAAGAGAAAAGAAAACAAAAUGUCAAAAUAUACUUCAAUUUAAACCAUCUUUCUCGUGUGAAAGAUGAAAGUUUGAGACCCUCCUACGUCUGAUAUCCGAGGCCCUUCUGCUCCCUCUCUGGUCUCUUUAAGAAACGUAACUGAAUUAAUAAUUUUUAGCAAACGUUUAUGAAUUCCCUUUAAAUGCGAAGUACCUCUAAUCAGGCCUCUUGUAUUAGGUCCUUCCUGAAACCCCUCUAUGAUAGCGUUUACUUUUAUCUAUAGAAAAAACAAAACCUAUCGUGGGUUCUACCAUAUAUCCGAGACCGAAAGCUUCCUGGGUGAUGGCGCACGUCCGAAUUCGAACCCCGAUCCCCCAUAGAGAUAGCCUAACUUCUUAUUAAAUAAAGAAAUAUCUGUAUUCUCCUUAAUAAACCUACAUUUAAAUUCUUUUGCCCCCUAUUUACUGCACAGUUUUUCACGUAUUACAUAAUUAAACACGUGUUAAAACUCCUAUACGAACUUGUUUAGUACAUAAAUUAGAAUCAGUCCAAUCCGGUAACUUCUCUCUUACACAAUCCACCAAUAAUAUCUCUUGACACAAUUUCUAAACAACUUAUAUUAACCAUAAAAGAUUACAUAAAGGUACACACACACACACACAGUUAGAAAACCAGAACAAUGAGAGUAAGUUAUAUUAUCGUUAUUACUUAUAUAUUGGGAGCUUGGGCGGAGCGUAGAGGUCUUUCCUCCAUAGGAAAAGAUGAUGUAGACAAUGCACUGAUCAAAGCCUUCGAGAAAUUAAACAGGCAGAAAGAAAUCGAAAGUCAACUUAUUACUAAAAGAAAAUACAUCAAUCCAUUUGUCCCUUCGACUAUUGGCAGACACCAAGUAAGUAGUUGUUCCAUUGAAUCAUGCCCCGAAGGUGACUUAUUAUACUUACUGGAAUACGCUGCUAUAGAAUUAGUAAACAAAUUUAAUUUAAAGAAACACGAAGUUCCCCUAUUAUCUCAAUUGUUCACGAAGAGCGAAUUAGUGAAGGGGAUAGAAAAUCACUGUCCUAACAACAGGCCUACUCGGUGUGUAAAUAGUAAAUACAGGACCAUAGAUGGCAAUUGUAACAAUUUACAAAGACCGAACGAAGGGAGAAGCUUCUCCUGCCAUAUUAGGUUCCUGCCACCUGUUUAUGCCGAUGGAGUUAAUGCUCCUCGUAGAAGUGUUGAUAACCUGCCUCUACCGGAACCUAGAACGGUAACGCAAGUUUUGAAUGAAGAAAUUUGCAUGCCCGGAAGGCCCAAUUCUAAUUUUUUGAUGGUGUUUGGACAAUUUUUAGAUCACGAUAGCGUUCUUACAAAGCAAACUAGUCUAGCCCAUAAUGCUCCUUUUAAUUGCUGCCUUGCCGAAAGUAUGAAGCAUCCUCAAUGUUUACCGGUACCGUUUGGACCCAGUGAUCCCGAAUUUCCUAAUGUCACGUGCAUGAAUUUUCCACGAGACAGACCCUGCGAUCCAUGCUCUACUGUAAGAGAACACCUAAAUGCGAAAACUACAGUGAUCGAUUGCUCUCAAGUCUACGGUGCAGUAGAAGAAGACGUCACAUUUCUUAGGACCAACAGCGGAGAUGGGAAACUGAGAGUUACAACUAUAGAAAGCGUUGGGGAUGUUCCUCCUCCUAAUAGAGAUAUCACCAACGAUAUGUGCACCCUGAAAGAGGAAGGAUAUGUGUGCCCUAUGACAGGUGAUAUCCGAAGUAAUCAACAUCCUCUACUGUUGUCUAUACAUACAAUAUUUUUGAGAUUCCAUAACUAUGUAGCGGAUAAUCUUCACGCAUUAAAUCCAAAUUGGGAUGGAGAAACAAUUUAUCAAGAAGCCAGAAGGAUCGUCGGAGCCAUCUUCCAACACAUAUCCUACUGUCAUUACUUGCCAAAAGUUGUAGGUUCCCGACUAGCAGAAGAACACGGUCUAUGCGAAGACGAAACUAAGUACGACAGAACUUUACCAAUUGCACUGUUUAACGUCUUCCCAACUACCAUAUUUAGAUUUGCUCACAGCACGAUCCCAGACGAAUACCUAUUACUGUCCGAAAAUGGAUCCUUAGCGGCUCUGAAUGUCGCAGACGUUUAUUUUGAUCCUAGGCCAAUCUACAAUGGGCUCUUAGAAGAUAUUAUCCGAGGAAGCGUGGUUCAAAAUCAGGAGGAAUUCGAUAGGUGCUUAGAGAAGGUUGUCAGAAAAAAUCUCUACAAACGUCACGUAACUGCACUCGACCUUUCUACUAUUAAUAUACAAAGGGGAAGAGAGCAUGGCCAACCUGGUUUUGUAGCGUUUUUCGAGUAUAUCUUUGGUGGCAAAAUAACAUCCUUUGAAGACUUACCAAUGAAACAAACGUGUAAAAAGAAAUUUAAAUCGUUGUACAGGCACGUUGAAGACAUAGACUUAUUUGCUGGUAUUUUGUGCGAAAUUCCCGAAGACGAUGCUAUAGUUGGCCCUGUAAGUGCAUUCAUUAUAGCAAAACAAUACUUUAAUCUGAAAUUUGGUGAUAGAUACUUCCAUACUCACCUAGGCGAGACUGGAUCUUUCACAAAAGAGCAGAGAGGAGCUAUUAGAAGUGUAUCAAUGUCUACCAUUGUUUGUGCAGUAACUAAAGUCAAACGUAUGAAUAUUGAUAUGCUAAAUACAGAUAGCAUACCGGUACCUUGUACUCAAAUUCCUAAAUUAAACUUCCUUCCGUGGAAGGAUUAAAUUAUAACGUUUAUUUAAUAUCUUCGCUUAUACACGAAAUACAUUUCCGUUAUGAUACAUUAUUAAAUCCGUUAUUUGGAUAUAAACUUUUAAAAUAAAAUUCGUAAUUUUUAGAUAA